UACAUAUGAAACUCCAAGUAACACUUGCAAAAAAAGUUCCAACUCUUUUGUGACACAUUUUUUUUCUUUGACAUUCUUGGAAACAAAUUAUUUACUAGCAUUUAGUGUUUCUUGAACUUCAUUAACUUCUAAAAGUUUUCCAAGUAUAUUGUUUUUGUUCAAAUGAAAACUAGAAGAGGAAAAAGAUCAGAGGCAUUUUGGCCUUCAAUUGUCAUGAAGAAAUGGUUGAAUAUUCAGCCUAAACUUUAUGAUUUUAGUGAAGAUGAAGUUGAUACUGAAACAGAAAGUGAAGACGAUGCUUGUUCACUUAAAGAUGAAAGAGUCCAUGAGGAUCAUUGGCACAGAUCGCCAGGGAAACCUACUGAUUGUCAACCUCAAACUUCAGGGAAGACUUCAACCAAGUACUCGUCUAGACACAGAAGAGGGAAAUCAGAAACUCUGAGAGUUCAGUACAUUAAUACAAAAGAAGUGAGAGUUACCAUAGGAACUUGGAAUGUCGCUGGAAGACUUCCAGACGAGGAUCUUGAAAUCGAUGAGUGGCUUUGUAUGAAUGAACCAGCUGAUAUGUAUAUCCUUGGCUUCCAAGAAGUAGUUCCUCUAAAUGCUGGAAAUGUACUGGGAGCGGAAAAUAGAAGGCCGAUACCAAAAUGGGAGGCGAUCAUUCGCAGAACGUUAAAUAGAAUGACAGUGGAACCUGAGGCUGAGCUAAAAAGUUACAGUGCUCCACCGUCUCCGGUGUUAAGGACUUCGCCUGCAGCCGAUAUAAUCGCUGAUGUUGUAACUACUACUACUGCACUAGACAUAAUUGCUGAGGCGUCAAUGGAUACCACGUGCUUUGCCGAUGAUAAUAUGAUCAACCUGAGGAAGAAUUUGCAGUUAAAGAGAAUAUAUGGCAUUGAUAAUUGUGAUAGUCGAUUGGAUUGGCCUGAACGUUCGCUAGAUGCAACGCCUCAGGUCCUUUCUUCGACUUUUAAGUUAAGGAGAGUAUUGAGCAGCCGCACUCUUGCUUUUAACAAUAAUGAUGUUGGAUUGGAUGGUAGCAAGUUAAAAAGAGGGCACCAAAGCUCUGGAGACUUAGGAUCGUUGUGGACGAAUCAACAAGAGGAGCCUGAAGUUCUCGAUUCUCUUUCUGAUGGAUCCGAUCAAUUUUCUGACGAGGAAAAUGAUCUCUUCGAGGAAUUCAUAGAGUUCGAAGAUGAAAGUUCAGUUCUAAAACAUUCUGUGAAUUCACAUCCGAGGUAUAUUCGUAUUGUCAGCAAGCAAAUGGUUGGGAUAUAUGUAUCGAUUUGGGUUCGUAGGAGGUUGAGGCGGCACAUAAACAACUUGCAAGUCUCCCCCGUUGGAGUCGGUCUUAUGGGAUACAUGGGAAACAAGGGAUCUGUGUCUGUGAGCAUGUCUCUUUUCCAGUCAAGACUAUGCUUUGUUUGUUCACACUUAACGUCUGGUCAAAAGGACGGGGCAGAUCAAAGGCGUAACUCUGAUGUGUAUGAAAUUAUGCGGCGUACACAUUUCUCAUCCGUGUUCGACACUGAUGCAGAUCAACCACAAACAAUUCCAUCUCAUGAUCAGAUAUUCUGGUUCGGGGAUUUGAAUUAUCGAAUCAAUAUGUUGGAUGCUGAGGUGCGGAAGCUUGUCGCCAAAAGACAAUGGGAUGAACUUCUCAACAACGAUGAGCUAAUCAAAGAACUCCGAGGUGGCCAUGUUUUUGCUGGUUGGAAGGAAGGGUCAAUUAACUUUGCACCAACAUAUAAAUAUGAGAUCAACACGGAUAGAUAUGUCGGAGAGACUCCACGAGAAGGGGAGAAGAAGAGAUCGCCAGCUUGGUGUGACCGUAUACUGUGGCUAGGUAAAGGUAUAAAACAGCUCUUUUACAAGCGAACCGAGUUAAGACUAUCUGAUCACAAGCCUGUAAGCUCAAUGUUUUCGGUAGAAGUUGAAAUAUUCGAUCACAGAAAGCUCCAGAAAGUCCUCCAUGUUAACACCGCCGCUGUACAUCCAGAGAUCCUGCUAGAUAUCGAAGAUUAGGAAUCAGAAAUGAAGCAUCGCGUACAUAUGUUCUUCUACACAGAGGUGGAUUCAGGAUCUAGAGUCUGUGGAUUCAGAAUGUCUUAUACGAUAAAGACACGAGACGAUAUCCGUAUCUGUCAGAUAAGCAACAUACAUACAUAUACAUAGUGUGUUUAAUGUUUGUGUAAUCAAAAAAUAGUCUUGACAAAAUUUUGAGUUAAUUUUCCCUUAUUGUAAAGUUUUGAUCUUAUUGUAAAGUUUUGAUCUUCCCAUGUUUUUUUACUAUAUGGUUUUGUAAAAUUAUGAAAUUACCUCUUGAUAUACAUUUUGAAGUUUUACUAGAAAACUUUUUUGUGUUUGUAAAAAGCUAAUUGAAUAGAAAUAGUGUUCCAUUCAUUAACUCAUGAAAUGCAGUUUUCUUUACUA